AACUGAGUGUGAAAUAUAUUAGAUAGAGAUGACUGACAGUGCUAUUUAUUCCAUGGUAGAGUUAUCUCCUGCACCCCAAGCCCAGAAUGACUACAGACUGCAGCAAAAAGCUUCAUCUUCCAGGCAUUCUCCUUUGUGCUACGUGGUAAUAGCUUUGGGGGUUCUCACUGCAAUUCUUACAAGUCUGCUGCUAUCCCAAUGGAUUCUGUGCCAGGGCACCACCUAUUCCACUUGUGCCAGCUGUCCUAGCUGCCCAGACCUCUGGAUGAGAUAUGGUAACUACUGUUAUUAUUUCUCAGUGGAGAAGAAGGACUGGAAUUCUAGUCAAGAAUUCUGCUUAGCCAAAGAUGCACAUCUCUUUAUAACUACAGACACCCAGGAAAUGAGCUGGCUCAAAGAUUUCCUCAAUAACGGCUUUUAUUGGAUUGGCUUGAGAAACAAUUCUGUGUGGAUGUGGGAAGAUGGAUCAGUUCUAAACUGCUCAAGGAUUGUUUCUAAUAGCUUUGUACAGACUUGUGGUACCAUCAGCAAAAAUGGCUUCCAAGCCUCUAGCUGUGAAGCUUCUUUACGGUGGAUCUGUAAGAAGAUCAGACUUUGAUGGUGGACAUGUGGUCCUGACCCUUGGAUCUGUAAUGUAUUCCUAAAAAGAGGGAUACUCUUUUUAGAGUAUCCCUGGGCACUGGGCAUUGGGACAUCCAUGAGUGUGUAUUUAGCAAAUGCUGAACUUCCUCAGAUAUGGCAUUGGAAUUAAGAUUAACGCAGCCUCCUAGAGACUGAUGCUUUACUAGUGGAUUCCCUUUGAAAAUAUUUGGAUAUUAUAUUAACCAUUUAAAGACCAAAUCUGGGCAAAUUUGUGAAAUGAAGUUUGGUUUAAUUAUUUCUCAGUCUGCUAACUAAUGCUGCCUCUCUCAUCCCUACCUCACCAUUCCUAUCAAAAAUGUGUUUUUUCCAUGUUAUAUUCUGAGCUAAUCUGAUGAAAUCUGUACCAAUAUGUGCUACCAUUGUUGUACUUAGAGGGGUUUCAUGUGUACUGGUGAUUAUCAUGUUACUUCUUCCUGAGGAUAUAUUUUCGUGCUAAUAGUGACCCUUUACAGAUUAAUCUUGAUUCUAAAGAACAAUGCCAAUAGCAAGAAUAUAAAUUGUGAGACAUGGGUGAGGGCAGGGAAGUGCUUCCUGCUUCUCACCCCUUCACACUUCUUACGUGAAGAACUGGUUGAUUGCGUUUGUUUUUUUCUGAGUAUGCGUAAGUGUGAAUAAACAAAUAUGCAACUAGGUAUUUUCCUUGCUGUGAAUGUGUGAUUUGCGUAGUAAUUUCAUAAUAGUGGGCAAUCUGAGGAGGCAUUUUCACAGAGAAAAGUUUGCAGAAGCAGUGUAUGUGGUUGGGUAUUAUUUUGUCUCAAAAGUGAGAAAAAAUUUAUUAUUUCUCCUUGGUAGAGUUUGGGCAUAGAUAAGAAGAGAAGGACAAAGAUGUAAGAGGCAGUAAUGAAGGAGACCAUAAUUCUUAGUGUUGAUGGCACUGGAUCAUAAUCUG